AUGCAGGCCACUCAACGGGAAACAGCAGUGUCUAUACCGCUUACACCGACGAGAUCGGAUUUAUAUUGGAGAAGGAUUUUCAACAAGUACGACAGAGACAACGACGGUCGAAUAUCAUACGUAGAGCUUAAAAACAUAAUCGAAUCAAGGGAAUACGAUCAUGACCUACCCGAUAAUGUGGUGGAAAAGAUCAUGGCAUUGGCAGACCGUGACAACUCAGGUUACCUCGAGUUCGCCGAGUUUGUGGAGAUGAUGCACAACCCAGCUUUAAAAGCUGUGUUCGGGCACUUUGUUGCCAGAUAUGUGCAUUCAAUUAUACCACAUCGAGGACCAGUGGAUACGACAGGAAGGUGGUCUGGAUUCCAGCCAGUCUCGUCGUCAGAUGGCGUCCGAACUCGUAGCAAGGCAGUAUUCACGUACACAGACGGAACCUACGAAGAGGAGUACAGUUGCUGGCCACCAGCCAUCUCCAUGAUCAUCAUAUCCUUGGUGGAGAUUGUCCUGUUCUGCUAUGAUGAAGCCCAGGGGAAAACAGCUGCGACCGGACCCAUAGCAAAGCUAUUUCUCUACAAUCCACGGAAAAGACAUGAGGCAUGGAGAUUUCUGACGUAUAUGCUGGUGCAUGUAAACGUAGUACACCUACUAGUCAAUCUUCUGGUGCAGCUGUUUCUCGGUGUACCACUGGAGAUGGUACACAAGUGGUGGCGAGUGGUUCUCGUCUACCUGGCCGGAGUAGCUGCCGGGUCACUAGCCACCAGUCUGGCUGACCCCAAGGUCUACCUUGCAGGCGCAUCUGGAGGAGUGUAUGCGUUAAUUACGGCGCAUAUUGCUACUAUUAUAAUGAAUUGGGCAGAAAUGGAGUUUGCCAUAAUCCAGCUGCUGGUAUUUGUUCUUUUGGCGGGGGUGGACGUCGGUACAGCGGUGUACGAUAGAUAUUGGAAACAGACGCAGCAGAAUAUUGGUUACGUCGCACAUCUUGGAGGUGCCGUUGCUGGACUUUUGGUCGGAAUUGGCGUACUCCGAAAUCUAGAAAAGCGCAAAUGGGAGAAGAGGUUGUGGUGGGCGGCAGUCAUACUAUACUUCUCUUUGAUGAUCGCCGGAAUUCUUGCCAACAUCUUCUGGGAGUCACGGUUCCUAUAA